UGAAGGGGCGAAGCGGCGAGGAGCACGGGAGGUGGAGCUGCUCCCGGGGGGCCGCUCGCUGGAGCCACCCCGAGGCGGACCCCGGCCCCUGCUCAUGCGGGGCGCCCCUGGCUCGGGGGAGCCCGUAGGUCGGGGAGCAGCUGCAGGCAGCCGAGCUAGAGGAAGAGGAAGAAGGGACAGUGGUCAUCCGGGGCCACCCGGGCCCUCCCUGCGGCGUCUGGAGCCGGGGUCCGCCCCGAAGUCUGCGCGUGGCGCCCGCGCGCUGCCUGGGGCAGCGCCCGCCCGGACCCGGACCCGGACCCGGACCCGGAGCCGCAGCUCCUCGUAGGCUCCGCGGCCGCGGCCGCGCCGCCCAGCUCGUGCGCGGUCUCCGUCUGCUCGGCGGCGAUCACGGCCGAGUGUUCCUCUGAGAGAGUCCCGCACGCGCCUGUUAGCCCAUGAACUCCAGUGAAGAUGCGAUUGUGGGUAUCAGGAUGUGACAAAAAGUAUUAUGAGGGAGGCCGAGGACUCCACGCUCCGGACAGAGACGCGGCGCUGGGAUUAGGGAUUGCCACCUCCGAGAGGAUGCUGGGAAUCUGCAGAGGGAGACGGAAAUUCCUGGCUGCCUCUUUGACUCUGCUCUGCAUUCCGGCUGUCACCUGGAUUUACUUGUUUGCUGGGAGCUUUGAAGAUGGGAAGCCGGUGUCUCUGUCUCCGUUGGAGUCCCAAGCGCACAGCCCCAGGUACACGGCCGCCAGCCAGCGGGAGCGCGAGAGCCUGGAGGUGCGUGUGCGCGAGGUGGAGGAGGAGAACCGAGCGCUCCGCAGGCAGCUCAGCCUGGCCCAGGGCCGGGCCCCAGCCCCACGCCGCGGCAACCACUCCAAGACCUACUCCAUGGAGGAGGGAACCGGGGACAGCGAGAACCUGCGGGCCGGCAUCGUGGCGGGCAACAGCUCCGAGUGUGGGCAGCAGCCGGUCGUGGAGAAGUGCGAGACCAUCCACGUUGCUAUCGUCUGUGCCGGAUACAACGCCAGCCGUGACGUCGUCACCUUGGUCAAGUCCGUCCUGUUUCAUCGGCGGAACCCUCUCCACUUCCACCUCAUUGCCGACUCCAUCGCAGAGCAGAUCCUGGCCACGCUCUUCCAGACCUGGAUGGUGCCUGCCGUGCGAGUGGACUUCUACAACGCCGACGAGCUCAAGUCUGAGGUGUCCUGGAUCCCCAACAAGCAUUACUCCGGAAUUUACGGUCUCAUGAAGCUCGUCCUGACCAAGACCCUUCCUGCCAACCUGGAGAGAGUGAUUGUCCUCGACACAGACAUCACCUUUGCCACGGACAUCGCCGAGCUGUGGGCUGUGUUCCACAAGUUCAAAGGUCAGCAGGCCCUGGGCUUGGUAGAGAACCAGAGCGACUGGUACCUUGGAAACCUGUGGAAAAAUCACCGUCCGUGGCCAGCCCUUGGCAGGGGCUACAACACAGGCGUGAUCCUGCUGCUUCUGGAUAAGCUGCGGAAGAUGAAGUGGGAGCAGAUGUGGAGGCUGACGGCAGAGAGGGAGCUCAUGGGCAUGCUCUCGACGUCCUUGGCUGACCAGGACAUCUUCAACGCUGUCAUCAAACAAAACCCCUUCCUCGUGUAUCAGCUCCCCUGCUUCUGGAAUGUGCAGCUGUCGGACCACACCCGCUCGGAGCAGUGCUACAGAGACGUGUCCGAUCUGAAGGUCAUUCACUGGAACUCUCCCAAGAAGCUGCGGGUGAAGAACAAGCACGUGGAGUUCUUCCGCAACCUCUACCUGACCUUCCUGGAGUACGACGGCAACCUCCUGAGGCGGGAGCUGUUCGGCUGCCCCAGCGAAGCUGACGUCAACAGCGAAAACCUCCAGAAGCAGCUCUCCGAGCUGGACGAGGACGACCUGUGCUACGAGUUCCGGCGAGAGCGCUUCACCGUCCACCGCACGCACCUCUACUUCCUGCACUACGAGUAUGAGCCUGCUGCCGACAGCACGGAUGUCACCCUGGUCGCCCAGCUCUCCAUGGACAGACUCCAGAUGCUGGAGGCCAUCUGCAAGCACUGGGAGGGGCCCAUCAGCCUGGCCCUCUACCUGUCGGACGCCGAGGCCCAGCAGUUCCUCCGCUACGCCCAGGGCUCCGAGGUGCUCAUGAGCCGCCACAACGUGGGCUACCACAUCGUGUACAAGGAGGGCCAGUUCUACCCCGUGAACCUCCUGCGCAACGUGGCCAUGAAGCACAUCGGCACCCCCUACAUGUUCCUGUCUGACAUCGACUUCCUGCCCAUGUACGGGCUCUAUGAGUACCUCAGGAAGUCUGUCAUCCAGCUCGACCUCGCCAACACCAAGAAGGCGAUGAUCGUCCCCGCGUUCGAGACGCUGCGCUACCGGCUCUCCUUCCCCAAGUCGAAAGCCGAGCUGCUGUCAAUGCUGGACAUGGGGACCCUCUUCACGUUCAGGUACCACGUCUGGACGAAAGGCCAUGCACCCACGAACUUCGCCAAGUGGCGGACCGCCACCACGCCUUACCGGGUUGAGUGGGAGGCUGACUUCGAGCCCUACGUCGUCGUGAGACGUGACUGCCCCGAGUACGACCGGAGGUUUGUGGGCUUUGGCUGGAACAAAGUGGCUCAUAUCAUGGAACUGGAUGCACAGGAAUACGAAUUCAUCGUGCUGCCCAACGCCUACAUGAUCCACAUGCCGCACGCGCCCAGCUUCGACAUCACCAAGUUCCGUUCCAACAAGCAAUACCGCAUCUGUCUCAAGACCCUGAAGGAGGAGUUUCAGCAGGACAUGUCCCGCCGCUAUGGCUUUGCCGCCCUGAAAUAUCUCACGGCCGAGAACAACAGCUAGCACCGGGAAGCACCCACGAGGGAGACACGCACUGCAGGCGGAGAGCCACUCGCUGCCUGGGGCCCAAAUGCAAAACCAAGCGAUGCUUUUUUGGUUUGUUUUGAUUUGUCUCUAUGGCCCAACGAAGCUGCCCUGACUACUGAGGUCCUGGACAAGGAUCCGGCCAGUCUGUUUCUGCCCGGUGACCUGGCGUUCCCGGAGUAAAAUCACCCACCGAUUUUUGUCUCUUCCAAAUGGGACAGAGGGGUGAGAGGAAGUCAAAAGGUUAUCAACUUACCACAAAGCCACAGGGCUUUAGAAUGUUCUCGUGGUGUUUUAAGAAUUAUGGGGCCCAACCUGGCUGGGGAGAAAGGGAAAUUAGGGUGCUGGGGGAUAGGCAUCCCAGAAAAUAAAAGCAAAAUGGUCUCUUCACUCAGUGGAUGGUUUCUUCUGUGCCCUGCAGUGUAGCUAUGUAUCCAAGAAGAAGACAAACCAAUGAUGUGAACCAAUGAGAUGUCUCCGGAGGUAGCUGGGUAGGGUUCAUCGGUUCUUUAUUCUCAAAGUCACUCCUGUUUGGUUUUGAUUUUUUUUUGGGGGGGGGGGUUGUUUGGUUGCUUUGGGUCUGGGCAAUCAAAAAUAAAAAAAUCUGAUCCUUUAAGAUUCUAAAGGAAAAGUCAGCUGUCCCACUCCACAUCCCCCCUAUCCGCAGUGGCCCAGCAAGGAGGACCAGAGCCUCUAGCCAGUGUUUAAAUGUAGGCAGCUUCCUCCAGGAUGCUCACCAAGGAUACCCUGAUGUUGAAUUCCCCACUCUCCAGAAUGCAGAGACUACGAUGGGGACUGCAGGAAUCAGAGGGCCAACGGCUGUACACCUGUCAUGUUUUCUGUUGGCAGCGACUGGUUCACGGGGAGAGGGCUUUGAUGGAACAAUUUUAGUGCUCCCGGAAGCUACGGACCUCGCAGGCUUUUAGGAGAACUUCAGGAACUCACAGGAGCCCGGCUCCGAAGAUUGGCGUGUCCACCUGGAGCCAUGCGGGAGCAACGUACCGAUUCCCGUGCGUCCCUGCCUGCUUCCCUCUGGACGGGAAGAGGGGAUAACCUCAGCCUCCCCUCGGGACCUGGCCAAGGGUAGACAAGCACCUUCACCGUCAACAGAGUGAGGAGACCCCGGACUUUCCGCCCAUUUUCUUUAAUCUUCAAUAUUAAUGUUGUGUUUACAUUGACAAGAACGCGAGUUCAUGCCCUACCCUCUGCUGGGCUGUUUGUAUUGAGUUGCGAUGUGACCAGCGAAAGCUGCAUCCAAUAAAGGAAAGUACAGACUGUU